CCCCCCCCCCCCCGAAGUGGGUGCGGCUUAAGAUGUGAGAAAGAGGCUCCAGGCAAAUGAGCUUUACAAUAAAAACAAGCUAUGUAGAGCUGGUAUUGCAGGUUUUGGAUUUGCUGUCAGUUCGGUCACAUUGCAACAGUCCUAUAAGAAAUUAUGUCUUCUGCACAAGCUUGGAAUUGUCCCACGGUAGAACUUUCAAACGGGGUCCAAAUGCCAAUACUUGGAAUAGGCACAUCGCAAAUUGGAGGAUUCUCCCAAGAUACUGUUCUGUAUGCACUGCGUGACUGUGGCAUUCGCCUCAUCGACACAUCAAAGUAUAAUGGCUUUGAGGUGCAGCUGGCUGAGGCUAUCAGAGAAAGUGGUGUCCCCCGAAGUAACCUGCGACUCACCAAUAAACUCUGGCCAUUGGACUAUGGAUAUGAAACUGCCAAAGCGGCCUUUCGGGAAUCCUGCUCUCGGAUGAAGGUGGAGUAUCUUGACCUCUACAUGUUACACUGGCCAGCUUCGAUGCAACCUGGUCGCUCUAACAGAGAACUAAGAGCCGAGUCAUGGAGAGCCUUAGAGGAGCUUUAUGAAGAGGGGUUGUGUCGUUCCAUCGGGGUUAGCAACUUUAUGAUUCACCACCUGGAACAAUUAAAGCAGGACUGCACUGUAGUGCCACAUGUUAACCAAGUGGAGUAUCAUCCGUUCCAGCAGCCUAAUGAGCUGAUCGAGUACUGCCGUCGAGAGGGCAUCACAUUUCAGGGUUACUGCCCUCUGGCCAAGGGUCAGGCCUUGAGCAACCCCACCAUUUUCCAGGUGGCACAGAAGUAUGGACGUACACCUGCACAGAUCUGCAUCCGCUGGAGUGUUCAGAAUGGAGCCAUUACAAUACCAAAGUCAACCAAAAGGGAACGUGUGGUUGAAAACUGUCAGGUGUUUGGAUUCCAGCUGGAAGAGGAAGACAUGGUGGCUAUAAACAAGUUGCAUGAAGGGAGACAUGUGUCCUGGGAUCCAACAGAUGUGGAGUAACCACAGUAAAUAUGAGCGUCUCUUUCUCAUAUUUUAUUUUUUAUUCUCAUCCCCUCUGGGUACGGAGGUUAUGAAGCCGUUCAUACAAUUUGAAUGGACAUUUAAGUAAUACAGAUGAUAUUAUUUUACAGCGUGCGUUCAUCAGUGAUUGAAUCCAUCACAUAAUGUCACUUGGCAAAAUCUUCCAUCAUAAAUUUGAGACAAUUUGCUUUGAAGUUGAGACGCAACAUUAGAGAUCAGGCACCCCCCGGAUGUAUAGGUGUAAUAUGUAUGAGUGAGUGCAUUUGCGUAGGUUCGGGUUAGGUGUCGGGUGUCGAUGUUUGGUUUUGGUGAGGUUUGUUGUUCAAAAUAUCUCUAUAAAAUAUAAAUGUAUAGUAAAAAUUAAUAAAACCAUGACACAAACGCCA